AUGAAAGAAAAUGCGCCUGAGGCGCCACAGAAUUUUCGCAGUCGAAUCCUCGCCAUGAUGAAUGGUCGAGGAGUGAGAUCAUAUCUUGUAAGGAGGGAUAGAAAUGGAGAGGAUGGAGGAAGUCAGAGUAUUGAUGGAGUUCCAUCAACAGUUCAAUUCGAUGAGAGUUCCGAUGAAUACCGGUGUCUCUGUAAUUGUUUUCACAUCAAAACGGGUACUUACAUUAUUGCUGUUGUACAUAUGUUGAUGAUUCUCUUCUUCUUCGUUCACACAUUAUUAGUCUAUUUCGAGCACGACUCACGAUACUAUCAAGCUGCAAAAAUCAAGGAAAAAUACGUAUUUGGUUCAUUUCUGGCGGAAACGAUCGGAUUGGGGAUCGCUUUUCUUGCAGUCCUUCUUCUCCUGUUGGCUGUCUCAAAGAAUAUCGCCCCGUUAUUGAUACCACAUAUUGUUGUACAGGUAUUAGCGAUAAUUUGUUUCCUUCUCGUGUUGAUUUCUGGUAUCAUCGCUGUUUGCACAGAUACAGCUCUCUUCUAUCGCUUAAUGAAUGCAGCUCCAUUCAGAGAACAUCCAAAUCAGAGCACUGUUCGAUUAGAUACAACGACAACAGUGCGAAUGUACUCAAUGAUGGUUAUCUAUGCUGUAUCACUGAUCCUCGAAGUGUGGUUCAUCGUCAUUAUUUACAAUUGUUAUCGAUAUCUUCAAGAGAGAAGUGCCUAUAUGAGAUAUUGUCUUGCAUUCAGUACUCCAAUGAAGACGCUCUCUGCACGA